GUCUCGGUAAGCGAGGGGCCCCCGUCAAGGCCGGGGACUACAGGUCCCAUGGAGCGCAGCCGGGGCCGUGCAGCAUGGGGGCUGUAGUCCUUCCCCUGCUGGGAAAGCCCAUUGCCAACAAUUACGGAGUUCAGCUGGUUCUCCAAAGUACGUCGUCAGCUGAAAGAACCAGAGCUCUGGAACUGAGAUUGCACAAAGAACAGCCUUAUCUCCACAACCGGUUCUUGCAGCACGACCUUGAAAAAAACCAUACUGGAAAACUAGAUGGAAGAUUAAGUCCUUUGUCACGGAGUAAAAAAGCCUGCAUCCCCAUCGCAGCUAAUUUUGUCGAUAUCCCGAGUCUGGAAGUGAAAUACGGUCAGGGUUCUCUCGCAGUCUGUGGAGACGGCUCUUUUCCAAACCCUUUGAAGUGCCGAGUUCAACAGGGCUGCCAUAAUGUCAGUGCAAAUGGCCCAGAUAAUAAUACUUACGGGAUCACAGGAUUUCCUUUGGUGUUCCGCUCGGCAGAAGAGAAAAUCCAGCUUUCGGACCGGAUGACCCUUGAAAGGCAGAAGCUGACCGUUUGCCCCAUCAUCGACGGGGAAGAGCACCUUCGCCUCCUGAGCUUCCAGCACAACUUCAUCACUCGAAUCCAGAACAUCUCCAACCUGCAGCACCUGAUUUUCCUGGACUUGUACGACAACCGGAUCGAAGAAAUCAGCGGCCUUUCUACCCUGAGAUGCCUCCGGGUCCUUUCGCUGGGAAAUAACAGAAUAAGGAGAAUUUCCAACCUGGAUAAUCUUGUAAAUCUUGAUGUCUUGGAUCUUCAUGGCAAUCAGAUUUCUGUCAUAGAAAACCUCAGUCACUUAAAAGAUCUCCGAAUGUUGAACCUUGCCCGAAAUUGCUUGACCCACGUCGAAAACCUCAGCGGGCUGGAUUCGUUGCUGGAACUCAACCUCCGCUACAACAAGAUCAGAUCGGUGAAAGAUGUGGACACCCUGCCCAGCCUGCAGCGUCUCUUCCUCAGCUUCAACAACAUCUCUUGCGUGGAAGACAUCCUGUGCCUGGCGGACUCGGCGUCCAUUUCAGAACUCACCCUAGAUGGCAACCCCAUAGCGCAGGAGGCAUGGUACAAGCCGACCGUUCUCCACCAUAUGAUGCAGCUCCGACAGCUGGAUAUGAAAAAAAUCACAGAAGAAGAACGGCGCCUGGCUUCCGUUGCCCUAAGAAAAGAGGAAGAGAAGAGGCGUGAAAGUCACAGGCAGACUUUGUUAAAGGAGAAGAAACGGUUAACCAUCUGCAACAUCGCCCAUCACUGGGAAGCCCAGCAGAGCCGCCUCGUCCUGAAGCUUUCGAACCCGGAGCCUCUCCAAGGCGAGGAGCCCUGUCAGAACAACAGGAAUGAGGCUUGUGAAUUUCCCGAGGAGGAGGAGGGCAGGUCCCUGGAGACCAUUUUAGGCCAAGUUGUGCCUGGUCUGGAGUCUCACCUGGUUGAAAUAGACGGCGACACUCUCUGCCUGUACGGUUCCGGAGCUCUGGAAUCUCUGGAUCGGAAUUGGAGCGUUCAGACGGCGGGAAACAUUGUGACCAUCUCUUUUGUUUUCAUUGACUUCGAUGAAAUUAUUCCAGUGCUAUCGAAACUCAAGAUCAAGUUCCCCAAUUUCAUGCACUUGAAGUUCAAGGAGACCAACCUAAGUAUGUUGCAGCAGUUCAAUGCCUUAGCUCACCUGCGCCGCCUCGAGCAGAUAACGGUCGAGACUCAGGGAAACCCCGUGGUCGCCUUCACCUUGUGGAAGUUUUACGUCCUGUUCAGGCUGAACCAUUUUAACCUGCAAAAGAUCAACGGAUCGGAGGUUACUCAGAACGACACGAUAAUGGCUGAAAGACUGUUUGGGAUCUUGGCCUAUGUAGCCUCUUCCAACGUGCCCUACUACCGCCUGAUCUCACUGCUGGGAGAUUGCAGGAAGAAACAGCUAUGCUUUCUUUUGGAGGCCAAAGGAAAGAAAUUCGGGACUGCGAAUGACAAUGGCAACAACCGGCGGAAGCCUGAAGGAGAAAACAGCACCCGAUCCGUUCUGACUUAUAUUUCGGGGGUUUUACAGACGGAAAAGCAGGAGGAACUGAAGGAGAAGAAGACCUUCUGCCAAAGCUACAUCCAGCAGUUGGUGAAGGAAGCCGCCGACAUCCACAUGAAAUACGAGGCCUUGCAGAAGCUCUGGCCUCAGAUGUUCAUUGAGCUGGUCCGGGAUGCCGUGAUCGAGAUGCACAACAAGGGUUCCCACCGGAGGCACUGCCUGCAGCGCCUGGCUGAGGAAAAACUCUGACCUCUCAGUAUUCCCACAAAGGCCCCGGAGGGUCUCUAUGGUUGCCAUCCUUCUGAGACACUUCUGAAUGCCUUGCCUUGAAAAAGCCUCAUUUUCCUAGCAAAACACUCUUUUUUCCUACUUUUACAUGAGGUGGCUUUUAUUUUUAUUUGUUUCCCCCUUUCCCACGUUCUAAUGUACGUGAGCACCGAUUCAAUACGGAGAUAGGCAGACCACACAAUUUUUUUAAAUCGUUAUUUAUUUUCGCUGAGGCCAAAGGAUCCUCACUUUCUUGCACUUUUCCCCCCUCUUGUUGCUGGUUCUGUAACUCUUUGCAUGUCCAAGCACUCCUUGUAAAGAAAUAAGACCUCUGGAGCUUCCUCGUUCAAUCCUGAACGCUUUCUUCUUCUCCUUUUCCUGGUGCUGAGGCUGCUGCGGGUGGCGGCGCUAAGCAGCAGAAACGUUGCAGGUGAAAACACUGGAUUUUGAGGAUUGGCAGUUAAUAAAUUAUUCUGUUGACAACUCCCAAAGGAACUGUUCUUUCGAGAGUAAAUAGCGCAGGAAUAAAAUGCAAAGCUCAGAUGAAAUAUUUAGAAGGCUAAAGUAUCCGGAAGCUGAAACUGUGUUCAUUGCAAAGCACGAAGUUUAAAACCUGAAAGCAUAAAACAAACCUCAGUGAAUAAAAAAGGUUUUCAACUCCUGCCAAAAGACAUCACAGUCGGGAUUGCUGCACCCCAAAUCCUUCUGUCCUGCUUAGCAACUGGCCUCCUUCUGAAAUUAGGGGAUGAUGCAUGUUAGGGUGCCCUGAUUGUUUGGGCAGUCGGUUGGUGCAAAUAUUAGCCAGUUUUCUCCAACGUGUCUUCCGGGUUGGUCUUCUCCCUCCUUCUGGCUUUGUUCAAACCUGUGUAUUUCAUUUUUUUAAUGGCAGGGACUUUUUUUCAGCUCAGUCACGGGGCUGGUGUUCCAUUAUGGAGGCUAAUCCGUUGGCAUGCCUUGGGCAAAGCAGAAUUCUUAUGACCGAAGUAGAUUGGAGGACCCAAUUAAUUCCUGACUUAAUCAGGUUAGAGUUCCUUGGUUGAUUUUGUCAUCCCUGGCAGGUUUCCUCACACAAUUUGCCAAGAAAUUAAUGCAGGUCCUUGAAUGGUAAACACGAGAGGUGUUUGCGUUGGCUGCUGGUCCCUUCUGAAAACAAAACUGCCAGGACUAUGAACUUUCUGCUUGAACUAUAAGAUGGCAUUUUUCAGGUUGGGUUUCUGAGCAGCUCUUCCUUUUCUCCUGGCUCUCCUUGACCAUGAAGAUGGGCAGGUAAGAUGUUUGUAGAGAUGCUGGCAGCUCCUUUCUUGGUCUUCUGGUUUCCUUUUAGGAUCAUCUUCAUUCCAAGUUCCAGCCAAUUAAAGCGCUAUCUACUGUCUCAUUCCAAAGAAGCCACAGGACAGUGGUCAUAAUUCAAGGUCCUUCUGAGUUCAGGGCAGAAGAAGACAACCCAAAAGAGGGCAUCUUUACGAGACAAGGCUAGGGUGUUUGAGAUUCAUUAGCUUAGAAUCAAUUUGAUGGAAGGGCAACAUGUUUGAAGUGUAUAAAAUCAAGGAUAGAAGGGAGAAAGAAUAGAAUAGAAUAGAAUUUUAUUAAAGUGGGCUUGGAAAAAACUUUUUUUUGACCAGAGUCAUCUUGUGAAACUGAUUGGAGAUGUAGAACAUAUAGAAAGAAGCAGUUCAUCAGAAAUAACCUGUGGGAUUGGUUCAAACAAGAUGUGAUGGCCACUAACUUGGAUGGCUUUCAAACAGAAUUGAAUACAUUUGCAGCGGUUGGUCUUCUCAAGGGCUAGUUCUCCACCUCCCAACUGCAAACAUCUUGAGAUACCUUGGUUGGUCAUGGUGUGGAGCAAAUCCCUGGACUAAGGUGGACCUUGGCUUGAUCCAGCAAGGCUGUUCUUACAAUGUUCUUAUAAUGCAGGGUCUGGCUUUUACUGUGUUCUAUGAAGCAGCCUCUUGUGGUUUAUAAACCAUGGUUUAAGGCUUAGCAACUCUUAAGAUAGUUGCAGCUUAUUCAACAAACCAGAAUUAGAUGAAGUUGGAAGAUCCUAGAAGUUAAGAUGGCAUCUGCAACACUGCUUCUUUUUAACGUGACCAAAGCCCCCUAGGCAUGGAGACCCUCCCAGACUGAAGAAGGCCCCCUCGGUUGUUUUUCAAAAAUUUAAAAAGUCCCAGGAGUGAAUUUCUUGGUGACUUCAUGGCCGACUCUUUUCUACAAGAUGGACCAUAACACUUUUAAUUUUUGGAAAUUCAUAUUCUGAAUAAUUCUUGAUUUGUGAGCCACAAUUUCACCGAUCACAACAUUUUGAUUUGCCUCAAAAUGAAUCCUGUUUGGGCUUUCCUACCGUAAAGUUUGUGCCGCCAACCUCCCGCGCGAACCUGAUCACCUUUCUCCUACCAUUGCUGGCUCGGCAGCUGUUGCCCUUGGAAGUGAUCGUAUGCCACGGUUGAUCCCAAACAUAUUCCUUUCUGCUAGCCUGCUGGACGUCCACACUAGAUCCUCGUGCAGCUUCAUAUUACAGCUUGUGCUUCUUGCGGCUUUGGGUGUAGAUCAGACUGAGCUCUGCUGGCAGGGUGAUGGGAAUUGUAGUCCAAGCUAUUUAGCAGAGACCCCCCUAGCCCAUGGGUCCUGAACAGAUAAUGGAAUAAGGUUCUGUUUUAGAAUCGUUGGAAAAGGGGAGUCCAGCUGUCUAAAUGUUCAUAUUUUCUAUCUACGCAGAGAUGAGGAUAGGAAAACCAAAGUCGGCCUGCCUUUGUAGAUUUCGGGUUGCGCCUUUAACACUUACGCCCCGGGGAGGAUAGCCCAGAAUCACAUCUGGUUUCCAUCGCCUUAAAAUAUACUGUUAGACAAAUGAUUGUGAAGUUAAUUCAAAAUACAGGGGUGAAGAAAGUCUUUACAUCUGC